AUGCUCUACUCUCUGCAUAGACGUAAGGACAACCACAUCUCCACGAACAUCGACAACCAUCUUGUUUCGUCCUUCUUGGUGUCGUACCCGCUCGCCGGGCUUCUAAAACGGAUACCUGAUUCGAAGCCUCAACAAAAGAACAUCUUCAGUAUAGGCAUUUCGAUAUUUUAUUUGGUCGGGUUGUUUGACUUGUGGGAUGGCGCCUUGACCCUUCUUGUCAGCUCCGGCGGCGCGUACUGCAUCGCAACAUUUUUGCGCAACAGCACGUAUAUGCCAUGGAUCGCCUUUGCUUUCCUAAUGGGCCACAUGUCCGUGAGCCACAUUUGGCGCCAACUUCUCAACAACCCCACCGGUGUCGACAUAACAGGCGCACAGAUGGUCCUGGUGAUGAAGCUGAGCGCCUUCUGCUGGAAUGUCGCCGAUGGCCAACUGCCCGAGGAAGAGCUGUCCGACUUUCAAAAAGAUCGCAUGUUGAAAGAAGUCCCUUCUGUGGUGGACUUCACAGGCUACGUUCUCUUCUUCCCGGCAUUGUUCGCUGGUCCGGCGUUUGAUUAUGCUGAGUAUCGCCGCUGGAUCGACACGACCAUGUUCGACCUACCCGCGCAAGUUGAUCCUGCGAAAAAGCCACCCGUUCGAAAGAAGCGCAGGAUCCCACGAAGCGGCACUCCAGCCACGCUGAAGGCUUUGACGGGCCUUCUGUGGAUCGGUCUGUUCAUGUGGCUGUCUGGUCCCUACAGCCACGAGCAUCUUGUCGCGGAUUCCUUCAUGACAUAUGGCGUUGUUCGUCGUGUGUGGAUGUUGUACAUGACUGGCCUCGUGGCUCGUUUCAAGUACUACGGAGUCUGGUCCCUAACCGAGGGCGCCUGUAUCCUGGCAGGUCUUGGCUACGCUGGUGUAGACCCCGUUACUGGCAAGGUUGCAUGGAAUCGUCUUCAGAACAUCGAUCCAUGGCAAGUGGAAACCGCGCAGAACGCCCGGGGAUACCUGUCGGGGUGGAAUAUGAACACGAACAACUGGCUGCGGAACUAUGUCUAUUUGCGGGUGACACCGAGGGGCAAAAAGCCAGGCUUCCGAGCAAGCAUGAUCACCUUUGGUACCAGCGCACUGUGGCACGGUUUCUAUCCCGGAUAUUACCUCACCUUCUUGCUUGCGAGUUUGAUCCAGACGGCGGCCAAGCAUUUCCGGAGGCACGUCCGUCCCUUCUUCAUGGAUCCAUUGACUGGGGGUCCCUCUUCCAAGAAAUGGAUCUAUGAUUCCGCGACUUACGUUGCAACGCAACUCACCUUUGCGUUUGCAGUUUGCCCCUUCUUGAUCUUGUCCAUGUCGGACUCCCUGCGAGUGUGGGCGCGUGUUUACUUUUAUGGGCUUCUGUGGACGAUAGCAGCGUUGAUCUUCUUCGCCUCGCCGGGUAAGGCGAUGCUUCGGCGGCAGCUUGAGAAGCGGCACGGCAGAGCCAGUGCUAGGAUGGUUAGGACUAUCAGCACAGAAAGUAUGUCUGGCGGCCACCCCAUCCUCGGCAUCUCCAAAGACCCGGAGGGAGAUAUUACUGAGGCCCUCGGAGAGCUCAGGGCUGAGGUGGAGGCGCGAGAGAAGCAGGCCAAGAACAAGUCAUCAGAAAAGGAGAGGGCCUAG